AUGCGAGUAGAGUAUGGCUACUUUGCUGCGGUACUCGUGGAUAUAGAUUUUUCAAAACCUUUUCCAAAGCUUGUUAUUCAUGAUGAAGAUUUUCCGGAGGGCUAUCGUCUUGAUUAUAAUGUUCUGAAUAGGCCAGAGUUUUGUGAACACUGUAAAUCAGUUGGACACACUUUCUCGCAAUGCAGAUCGUCUAAGUACAAAGAUUUGGAGAAGUUGCAUGAUGCCGAGGAGGAUCCAUUUGUUGGGCGCCAUCUACAUUUUACUAGUCCAUCGGCUAGUGUUGCGGGGGAUGAUAGUAUUGUGGACAUUCCGCAAGCCUUUCCUGAGUCCGCUAGCACUAAUCUUGCAGCUAGCUCAGUGCCUUUGCGUAAAAUUGAAGAUGAUGCUGGUACAAUUUCUUUGGACCUUGAAAAACAAGAAGAAGAGCUCUAUAAAGUGUAUGAUGAACAAAAAAAGAUAGUUGAUGACAUGGCUAAGGCUGCUGAUCUUGCUAAAUUUGAGCAAGACGUGCUCUUGGAAAAACUACAAAAUACAAGACAAUUGCUUAUGGCAAAGAAGCGGCAAGAUGAAGAGAAGCGUGCCCAAGAGGAUGCGAGAGUUUUGAACUUGGAGAAAAACCAACAAGAAAAUAAUAUUGCCCAGCAAGAUGCAUCAAAUACAUCUCCAACUAGAACGUCUAGAAGAACCUCUCCAGUUCGAACUGACGAAGUUCUCGAGACUUCUAAUAGGUUUGAAACUGGUAUAGAAGAUAGUAAAGAGGAAGAAGAAAACAUUGAAGUUGAUACCUUGCCUAUUAAAAAAAAACCGGAUACCUUGCAAUCUGCGAGUACUAGUAAUGUAGAGAUUGAAGAUGAAAGUUUGGAAUGGAGUGCUGCUAAGGAUGAAGAAGAACGACUUAAAAGGGAGUUAGCUGAAAAGAAUAAGAUGGAUACUUUGGUUAAGAAUGGCGCUCCUAAAAUGACGCCAAAAAAGAAAACCAAGCCUGUUGCAAAACAGGUGGAGGAUGAAGGCCAAGCUGUUAGAAGGGGUAGAAGUCAGACGCGCAAAGAGGAUGAUAAGGGUUCGGCAAGCCCUUCAAGGAGCGUGGUUAAAUAA